AUGGACCUCACAAACUUCAUCAGCGACAAUGUCGUCAGGAUUCUCGGGUCCUCGGACAGUGCCACAGUCGACUUUGUACAGUCCCUCGCCGUUUCUUCCAAGACACCAGGAGACUUGUACAACUCCCUACUAUCUACCGGCAUGGAGUCCAACCCCGAAACACAGGCGUUCGCUGCCCAAGUCCACUCCUUAGUGCCCCGCAAGACAAAGGCCAAAGCUCCGAAGGCCGACAAGGCUUCCGCCUCGAAUCAUAAAUACAGCUUUCUGACGGACGAUCAAGCUGGGUCAUCUAGCAAGAAGGAGAAGAAGAAGAAGAAGAAGGAAAAGGACGGGGGCGAGACGGUUGGGGUGACCAAGGCGAAACAUGUGCGCAAGAGGGAGACGGAAGGUGCUUGGGAUUCGGACGAGGAGGAACAAGAACCCAAACGUGCCCGCACUCGAUCUCCCUCCAGAUCGCCUUCACGCGCUCCCGAAGAAACAGAAGAAGAGCGUCUGGAACGUGAACGCGAAGAAGAUCUACGGGAACGAGACGCCUUUGCUCAAAGAAUGAAGGACAAGGACCAGGAUCGUACAAAGUCGCUCGUCACCGACCGGACGUCAAAGUCGGUUGGGGGGAUAGAAGCGGCGAGACGGCGGGACAUUAUGGAUGACCCAGAACAGAGAAAUGCUGCGAUUGCCGAUCUACGAAAUCGUUCACGUCAAGAAUAUCUCUCAAAACGAGAGCUCCAGCAGCUCGAUCUGCUGAAAUUGGAACUGGAGGAUGAAAAGAUCCUCUUUAGAGGACAAAAGAUGUCGAGGAAGGAGGAGGCAGAGCUGGAGCGCAAGAAGGAGCUCAUCAGGCUUAUGGAGGAGAGGAAGAAGAUUGAUGACGGGACAGAUGGCUAUAUGCUUCCCGACGACUAUAUCACGGAGCAAGGCCGGAUAGACCAGAAAAAGAAGAAGAAUGCGUUGUACAAGCGGUAUGACGAAGGAAAACUGGUCGAAGGACAGUUUGUCACCGACGUUGAUCAGUGGGAGGCGUCCCAGCAAGACAGGACCAAUCUCAUCACCGGCGCUCUCGACAAGGAGGUGCUGGUGGAAAACUACGACUAUGUGUUUGAUGAAGCCCAAAAGAUCAAGUUCUUGGAGGAGGACAAGCUCGAUGGGACGUUGACAAAAGAGGCGCAGGCGUUGCUGGACCAGGUCGAUCAGCUGCAGAACCAGGCAAAAUCGAUGCAAGAGACUCGAGAUUCACUACCCAUCUUUGAAUUCCGAGAUGAUCUUCUUGAAGCCAUCGCCGAGCACCAAGUCCUCAUCGUCGUCGCCGAAACCGGUUCAGGCAAGACCACCCAACUGCCGCAGUAUCUCUACGAAGCAGGCUACUGCAAGAACGGUAUGAAGGUGGGCUGCACCCAGCCGCGUCGUGUCGCGGCUAUGAGUGUUGCGGCGCGUGUGGCAGAGGAGAUGGGUGUGAGGCUAGGGCAGGAAGUGGGCUACUCGAUCCGAUUCGAAGACAUGACGAGUGAUAAGACAGCUUUAAAGUAUAUGACGGACGGUAUGCUGCUACGAGAGUUCUUGACGGACCCAGAGCUGUCUGGUUACUCGGCGUUGGUCAUUGACGAAGCGCACGAGAGGACCCUGAGUACGGAUAUAUUGUUUGGUCUUGUCAAGGAUAUUGCGCGUUUCCGUCCAGACCUCCGUCUACUGAUCUCGAGUGCCACCCUCAACGCCCAAAAGUUUGCCGACUUUUUCGACCAAGCUCCCAUCUUUGACGUCCCCGGCCGUCGUUUCCCCGUCGACAUGUUCUACACCCAACAACCCGAAGCGAAUUACAUGCACGCCGCUGUCACCACCAUUCUCCAAAUCCACACUACCCAGCCCAAGGGCGAUAUCCUGCUAUUCCUAACAGGUCAGGAUGAGAUUGAAGCGGCAGAGGAGAGUCUGAAAGAGACAAUGUAUGCGUUGGGGGACAAGGUGCCAGAAUUGAUCGUGGCGCCGAUUUAUGCGAAUCUGCCGAGUGAGAUGCAGAGCAAGAUAUUCGAACCGACACCGGAGGGUGCGAGAAAGGUUGUGUUGGCUACCAAUAUUGCCGAAACGUCAAUCACAAUCGACGGUGUGGUCUAUGUGAUCGAUCCCGGGUUUGUCAAGCAAAACAACUACAACCCCAAGACCGGCAUGUCCUCCCUCGUUGUCGAGCCCAUCUCGCGUGCUUCUGCCCAACAACGUGCCGGCCGAGCAGGUCGUGUCGGUCCCGGCAAAGCUUUCCGUCUCUACACCAAAUGGGCAUUCAAGAAUGAGCUUUUGGAGGAUACCAUCCCUGAAAUUCAACGUACCAAUCUGUCCAUGGUUGUCUUGAUGCUCAAGUCGCUGGGUAUCAAUGAUGUCCUGAAUUUCGACUUCUUGGACAAGCCGCCGGCGGAGACAAUCAUCAGAUCGUUCGAGCUGCUAUACGCGCUGGGGGCGUUGAACCACAAGGGAGAGUUGACGCGGUUGGGGAGGAGGAUGGCAGAGUUCCCGGUGGACCCGAUGUUGUCCAAGGCUAUUAUCAACAGUGAGACGUUCCACUGUACUCAAGAGGUCUUGACAAUCAUCUCUAUGCUCCAAGAAUCCGCUUCCCUCCUCUUCCGUCCCAAGGACAAGCGUGUCCAUGCCGACAAGGCCCACAAGAACUUUAUCAAACCCGGCGGCGACCACUUUACCCUGCUCAACAUAUUCGAACAGUGGGCUGAAAGCAACUACUCCCAGCAAUGGUGCUAUGAGAACUUUAUCCAGUUCAAGAGUUUGAGUAGGGUGAGAGAUAUCAGGGAUCAAUUGGCGCAGCUUUGUGAUAGGGUGGAGGUUGUCAUUGAGAGUACGCCGAAUGAUGUUGUGCCGGUGCAAAAGGCCAUCACCGCCGGGUACUUCUACAACACUGCUCGUAUCGACCGUGGAGGCGGUUACAGGACCACCAAAAACAACCACUCUGUUUACGUUCAUCCAUCCUCAUGUCUGGUCGGCAUGCAGCCCCCGCCGAGGUUCAUCUUGUACUAUGAGCUCGUCCUUACUUCGAAAGAGUAUAUGCGUCAGUGUAUGCCUAUUGAAGGAAGCUGGCUGUCUGAACUCGCGCCGCAUUACUUUAGCAAGGGUGAGAUUGACCAGUUGCUUGGAUCGGCGAGCAAGGUCAAGAUGCCCAAGAGGGUGGAACAGCCAAAGGUCGGGCCUGUGGGAUAA